CGACUCUCACUCCAUCAUCCCCUCUACACAACUCUAACCAAACAUGAGCAACCUUGAGAAGGCUCUCUUCCAGCUCAAGUUCACGGCCAAGACGCUGCAGCGUCAGGCCAAGAAGGCCAACAAGGACGAGACGGCCGAGAAGAACAAGCUCAAGGCGGCACUCCAGAAGGGCAACACGGAAGGCGCACGCAUCUAUGCCCAGAACGCUAUCAGGAAGAAGACCGAGGGCCUCAACCUCCUCCGCCUGGCCUCGCGUAUCGACGCCGUUGCGAGUCGUGUCGAGACAGCCGUCACGAUGAGGACGGUGACGCAGAGCAUGGGCAACGUGGUCAAGGGCAUGGACAAGGCGAUGGAGAGUAUGAACCUCGAGAGGAUAUCCCUCGUCAUGGACAAGUUCGAGUCGCAGUUCAACGACCUCGACGUGCAGACGUCGUACAUGGAGUCGACAAUGUCGGACACGACGGCCCUCACGACACCGCAGGACCAGGUCGACAGCCUGAUCAACCAGGUCGCCGACGAGGCCGGCCUCGAGAUCCAGCACGGGCUCGUCGAGAACCAGGUGCCGACGGCCACGCCAGCCGUGGCCCAGACCGAGGCGCCGGUCGAGGAGGACGCCCGUCUUGCCGAGCGUCUCCGUGCUCUCCGUCCCGCCGUUUAACGCCGCCGCCAGUACCCCGCCUUGGCCUUAAUGUAGACUGGUCAUGCUAUUGUACGCUAUACAGAUGCAACAGAGUAUACCCGCGUAUACGGCGCCUAGACCUGGCGCUUGGCCGAGGCGUCCUUGGUGUCCUUCAUGGACCCGAUCUUGUCGACGCUCGGCGCGCCCCAGACGAGGAGGUUAUCCUUGCCGUGCUCGACCCAGCCGCGGUUCUUGAGCCAGUCGACCUCGGAGAGGCGCUUGGGCGAGAGGUACGACAGGACCGAGGAGGGGGCAGGCGUGGGCGCGGCGGCCUCGAUCUCGGCCACAGCGACGGCAGGCUCGGACGCGAGCGCCUUCUCGCGCGCCUCGUCCUCGAUUGAGCGGAUGGCCGCGCGCUCCGCCUCAGGGGGGAGCAGGUCAACAACGUCGGAAAAGUCGUCCUGCUUGACGGCGGAAAUCGAGUACGCGUACACGCCGACGAUGAAUGCGACGAUCGCGCCGCCGGUCAGCACGUUGCGGAUGAUGUAUGGCCUGCGCGCGCGGCGGAGCGACGCGGACUCGUCAAAGCCGUGCGGGUGGUACGAUGCGUCGGCCUGCGCGCUCGUCGGCGCCUUGUACGGUGUUGGCAUUGUGUGUAGGUUGAGUGUUGUGGGUCGAGGUCGAUGAGAUGCCGAACAAUG